CUUUCUAGGGUUUAUCUGUUUCUUACAGCCCCCAUGUCUACUUCCUCUUCUAGGGUUCGUUUUUCAUUGUUGUAUUUUUAUUCUGCAUCUGUUUUUUUUGGUUCAUUUCCAUGUCUAAUUUAUUUGCGCAGCCCUUAAGAUCGCCUUCCUCUGUGUGAAAUGGAAGCGUCUCGAGUCAUAGCUGCGCUACAGCGAAUACUCUUUUCGGAGAAUUCCACCAGGGUUUUCCUUUUGGAAUUCUCUUCGUUUCCCACUUGAUCUCGAUCUCGAGGCAUUUGUAAUCCGCCUUUGGAUCUCCUACUGGUUGUCUGAAACUCCAACGAUUUGGCUUUUCUGCUCAUUCGUUAGUUUAUUUUCAGACAAGUUGAGUUUCAGAUCCUUAUGGAUGUUGUCUAUGCCUCACUCUACGGUGGGUUACAUUUCGUAUUCGCUUUUUGCGAUAUUUGUAUUUCGUUUUGUUCUUGUUCACGUUGCUUUCUUUUUCACGCGCUCGACAAUAUGGAUAUUAAUUCAUGGCAAGGAUGAUGAUUCAAUUAGAUGUGUGAAAGGAUUAUUCCUUUCUGAACUUAACUUUUUGAGGCAUUUUCAAUUGUCUGACUUGCUCGAGUUUUAUCUUUUCUCAUAGUUCGUUACUCUUGUCUGGAACUACCGUAGCGUGUCUUCUUUUUUCCAACUAGUCUUGGGAAAACCAUACGUAAUUAUCACAAUUGCUACUGUUUAUAUAAUGUAAAUCAUAUCAGCAUGCUAUUCAUCUUAGGGAUUAUUUUUGCUCAUUGUUUGUUUUUGAUUUAGUUUCCGACGUUUCUAUAGAAGCUGAUUUAGUUAAUUUUGUAGACCUUUGCAAUAAAUUCAACAUAACAUGUUUCUAAACUGAAUGCCGCAAGUAUUUUGUUGGCACUAUACUUAUUCGAUAAAUGAUUUUUUUCAUCUUACUUCAAUUGUUCAUGCUGCCUGCUGCCGGUGAUGGUGUUAAAUAUACUUUGAGAAGAAUUUCAGUGAAAAAAUUUUGAUCUGAGGCAUCGAGGCUUUUUUGUCCAUUCUUGUCUGUUUAAGUAUUCGAGUUUUGUUCUUAAUGUUUAUUCCAUGUAUUGUUACUCUCGUUUUCUUUCUGUUUUUAUUCUUUUAAUUUACUUACUAUCAAGUAAUUUUAGAAUAGUGCAUAUGAUGAUAAAAUAGACAGGGACAUCAGCACUCUGUAUGAGGAUGAUGAUUUGUCGAUGGGAAUCUCUCUGAUGCACUAUAUUAUUUAUUUUUUAUUUUAUUUUAUUUUAUUUGGCCGAUGAUGCAUAUUUAAUGCACGUAUUAUCAGAGUAAGAGAUGAUGAUACUAAAGAAUUGUCACUACCUCUGAGGCCCUGAUUCAGUAUAAUUUUCCCCUGUUUCGUCUAAGUCAUCUUACAACUUCUGCAAAAAGAACGAAAAAUUAGUAUUAGGUCAACGGGUUUUGAUCAAAGUAGAUUGAUCGAUUCCACUUAAUUGCGAAUUGCGUCUUUUAUACUUGAGCCUGAUGAUUGUUUACAAGAACGGAGAUUCGAAUGGUGCUUUUUGUUGAAGCUUGGCUUUAUGUUUGGCUCCAAAAGCGCUGCAUGUGACAGAUCCUACAAAACUUCAAAUGAAGGCUUUGCAUCCUUAGCUCCUAAUUGUUCUGAUGUGAAAAAAUUAACUUCCUCUAUUUUUUCUUUAUUAAAAUGAGUCCUAUAAUUGGAUUGUUUCAUAAACUGAAUGAAAUGAAACCCAAAUAAACAUAAAUCUAACAUAUCUAAUGAAUAAAAUUUUGAUAAUGUCCAAGGAUUUGUUCACGAGUAAAAUGUAUUUUUUAAGGUUAACUUUGCAUUUAUAUAUUGAAAAGAAACGAAACUGUUAAUGUAAUAUUUAAGAAAAGUAAGAUUUUCAAGUUCUUCUAGAGAUUAGCUAUGAAGAAAAAGAGAGGGAUUGGAUGAUUAGACAAACAAAAUAAAUAUCUAAUCCUAAGAUUAUUUUACUUGACUAUAUUAGAUUCUUCGAAUGUAAAGUGAAUAAUUUUUAAAGGAAUCGUAAAAUGUAAAAAAUUGACAAAAUAUUUAUAUAUUUUUUCUAUUAGGGAUAACAUUGGGUUUGAAUGAUUGUGUUAUCGGGAAAAUUAAAUGGUGUCUGAUCUUGCUAAAAAAUUGGGUAAGAAAAUGUGGAAUAAUUUUAUUGAUAUGUGAUAUUUAAAGAAUCUCGAGGAGUAAAUGAAAUAGUUUCAAAUAAUGCUCAAAAUAUGGUCGAGGAUCGUAUUGACCAUAGUAGAAUUGACGAGUAAAAUGAAAUAACCUUACUAAAAAUUAAAUGAUUUUGGCCAUGCAAUAUUUUCGGAGAAAAAUGUUGAAAAUCAGAAGUAGAGGAAAGAGAAGUAACGAAGUACAUUUUGAAUCUUUUGAAAAUAUUUUAUUGGCUUUAUGGAUUUCUAUUUUUUAACCUUCAACGACAAAUCUGAAAAGUUAUUUAAUUAUUUUAAGUGUUUCUUAUUUUUUUGUUUUCUGAGAUUUAUGGAUAAAUCUGAAGAUCAUGAAAAUAGCUUAUUGAAAUAUUUAAUAGCAAAUUUAAAAAUGAUGAAAUUAUCUUUUUUUUUUGUUUAUUUUGUAAGUGUAUUUAUGUAAAUUAUCUGUGAACAGUUUCUUAAAAGUAAAUUGCAAUUAUAUACAGAUAUUGUUUUGUUAGGGUUAUAUGAUCAUAUUGUUAAUUUGUUAUCGAAAUAAAGUAUUGUAUAGCUAUUGUUGUAAAUUUUGUUCCAACAAUUAUAAAUUGUAAAAAAUAUAAAUUAAAAUUGAGGACAUAUAAAUUAGUCAAUUUUAAAUAUAUCAUGGAUUUUCGAAUAUGAAAUAAAGUUUAAUGGUGAGUGUAAUUUUAUUUUAAAUGUUAAAUAUGACUCAAAUAAUUUGGUUGAGUUAUAGUGUCAUCUGCUUCCAUAUGCAUCCGAUUAAAAGAAUCAAAGGAUUAUAGUAUUAGAAAUCAAAUUUCAGACACGUAUGUCAAAAUGUUUGUGGAAUAAUAGGUUACAAUUCAUGUUGUAGAAUGUCGCAACAAAGGCUUAAAAAUUUCCAAAUACUUUCUGUCAUAUUAUUUUAUUAUUGCUUCCCCAACUGUACUCCAAACAACAACACAUACUUAUACAAACCAUUCAAUACGUUGUAACACUAAACAUUUUCCAUGUCUGAGUUGACUUGUUUGAUUUAUUUUCCCCCAUUUUUUUUAUUUCUUCUUUUUUUUGUACGUAAUUUGCAAUCACACACCGGGUUUCAAGCAUUUGUUACUUGAAAGAUCCCUUUGCUUUUCUUUUCUACUAAUUAAAUUUAGUACUCAGCUUGAAGAAAGACAAUUUUUCAUAAAAGAAGAAUUAGAAGUAGAAGAUCGGGAAGAAGAAGAAGAAGAAAGAAUGGAAGGUUAUACUUUGCCACCUGGGUUUAGAUUUUACCCAACAGAAGAAGAGCUUGUUUCAUUUUAUUUGUAUCAUAAGCUUGAAGGUGGAAGACAGUAUUUUAAUGGUGUUGUUGAUCAAAUCAUACCUAUUUUGGAUAUAUAUCACUUCAAUCCUUGGGAUCUUCCACAAUUUGCUGGGGAGGUGUGCAAGAGAGACGAAGAGCAAUGGUUUUUCUUCAUACCAAGGCAAGAAAGUGAAGCAAGAGGAGGAAGACCAAAGAGAGUGACAAGCAGUGGAUAUUGGAAAGCAACUGGCUCACCAACAUAUGUUUACUCUUCAAACAAUCAUAGAAGCAUUGGAAUUAAAAGGUCUAUGGUUUUCUACAAUGGAAGAGCUCCCAAAGGAACCAAAACUCAAUGGAAAAUGAAUGAAUAUAAACUCGUUGCCGCGGAACAACCUUUUCCUUCUACCACAAUUCCUAAGUUGAGCUUGUGUCGGAUUUACAAGAAAUCAAAGACAGUGAGAGCAUUCGAUAGAAGACCGCCACUACCGCAAGUGGAGGCUCCAAUUCCGACUGAGCUACGAGCAACAACAACGUCUCAACAGAACGAUAUUGCUGGUGAUCAAUUUGUAGAUGAUGACCAGAAGUUAUUAUCUAAUCCGCCAUUAAUGGCAACCGAGAGACCGAGCUCGCCGGAGUCUUUUUCCUCUGGAGAUGACCAUGGAGAAUCGUCAACCAACAACAACGACAAUGGGCAGGUGAAGAUGGAAGUUGAUAAUAAUGAGCUUGUGUGGGAUUGGAACCAUUUGAACUGGCUCUAGAUAGUAGUCUUCAACUCCAAGGAAAAGGAUAGAAUUGACAUUGAAGAGGAAACUUUAAUCCUAGAAGUCAAAUACCAAUUUUAAUUAUCAUAAAGUACUCUUUAUAUAUUUAUGAACUAUCAUAGACUAUACACAUUUAUAUAUUUACGUGAGGACCGACAUGACCAUAGUUUAUUGGUCUUCUUAAGUUACUAUAUAUAUAUAUAUUAUCUAUAUUUGAAGGGUUAUUGUACUGAUCAGCAUAGUUUAGACUCAUUAUCCUAUGGAUACUCGAGGUCAUAUAUAUUUUGCAUUUUUACCC